AUGACAAAGGAAGAACAAGAAUUUAUCAAUGGAGAAAUUAAGAAGAUGCUAUAUGAAAGAAUCAUUCAAGCAUCUGAUAGAGACGCAAUAAAUUCACAAGAGAAGAUGCCUAUCCUUUGCCUAGAAUUGAUGAAAUCUUAG